CUGAACGUUGACUCGUUAUAGCCGUAACAGUGAUUGUUCCAGAUGUUCCAGAUAUUGGAAAAAAACAAUCCAGCGUGUGACAUUACCGGCGCUUCCACAUUGAACAGCUGCUUGGUGCAUGCUAUUUUAUUAUGCCCCCCGGCUGCCAAGCCACAGAAGCGACAGUUAUUUUUGUGUCUGGUAUCAAUGCAUUGUAAGUCACUGAUCAUCGCCUCCAUGGUAGCGAAUAAGCUGCACUUCUUACCAUUUUUCGUACAAGUGGCACAAAGGGAGGACGAGGCGUGGCUAGGCGAAGAGAAUGUCAAAGCCAGGCUAAUUGCUAAGCUAUCAUUACAAGCAGUCGCACAACACUGAAAUAAGUGAUUUGGUGAUACAGUACACUUGUCACAGGUCUUGUUGGAACCGCGUUUUCGCAGAGAGUAACCAACUUUGAACAACAAAAUAACAGCCCAAUUAAUACGCGUUUAGAGAUACAAAUAUAAAAUAAUACAUGUCCACACAGGACGUUGCAUUUGAACUGGAAAUUAAUUUGUAUGUCACUGCACACACCACUUCAGAACAUUAGCAGUUUAAAAGUAUAUUAUAGUUAUGAAUAAUAUUUGUAAUAUAAGAUAAAAUAACCUUAGGGGCUUUCCCACCGCAGGAACUUUUGCAGGAACUUCCCUAGCUACCCUGGUAGCUUGAGUUCCCCCCCCCGUGUCCGGUGGUGGUCGGAGGGGCCGCAGGCGCAGAAUGGUAGCCACGCUUCCGUCAGACUCACCCAGGAAAGCUGUGGCUACACUAGUCGCUUAGCACCAACAGGGUGUGCUUGAGGAUUGAAUGAAUAAUGCGUGAAAUUGUAAAGUGUCUUUGGGUACCUAGAAAAGUGCUACAUAAGUGUAAUGUGUUAUUAUUAUUAUCCAUCCAUCCUUCUUCUGUACCACUUAUCCUCACUAUUAUUAUUAUUAUUACACUAAAUUACGAAGGAUUUGAGUUUUCAUCAUUUUGUGUGAGUGUUUUUGUUAUUUAUUGCCAUGGAUCCUCAAAUGUUGUGGCAAUGAUGAAUCUGCUCAGCAUACUUGGACACCGGCUGACCAGGUACAGGAAAUAGUGCCUUGGAGCACCUAGUUUUGCUUAUAGAAAGGAGCUAGUAGCGAGUAGCUGCCAUGCAGUGAAAAGGAAAUUGUGAAUAUUGGCCUGACCUGGGCCACAGUGAAGGAGCCCAACUGGAUUCAACAAAGACUUUUGACGACGUGAUGCCUGGUGUGAACUUGGGUCCACUUAAGCGUGUAAGGCAGUGCCAAUGCUUUGCCCUAAGCCUGCCUGCUCUCUUAAAGCUCUGCUUUUAAGGAUUAGCCUCAAAGCAUCUGUCUUCAAAUGCACACUAUUCCCAGCACAGCUUUGUCCAAGCACACACAGAGAUUUACUGCCGUCUCCCGCUGUUGAUUCUAGGAAACUGGAUAAGUCUUUCCAUCGAGAGAAUUAAAUCGGUGAACUCUAGCUUCAAGUUUGAAUGUGAAGCAAGGCAUAACCUUCUGAGUGAGAUAUCUGAGCAGCAAAGCUUCUAUGACAUUUAUUGACAACAGCACUCCCUGGACUCUUCUUUGGUCUACACUGGAUUUCAAAUGAUAUGACCUGGUCCUGAGAUGAUGUCCAGCUGAAAUGAAAUUUAGCGUUUGAUUUUAUUUUUAUUUUUUUAAGAAAGUAUGGGAAUAGGCAGUUCCUUUGCACCGAGAUCUGAUCAAAUCUUUACCAUAAGAGUAAGCUUGGCACCGAGGCAGAACCUCCCACGGAUAAUUCUCAAGGGAAUCUUCCAGGGGGUUAAGGUGGUUCGUGGACCUGACUGGGACUGGGGCAACCAAGAUGGCGGGGAGGGUAAGGUUGGGAAGGUAGUGGACAUUCGUGGCUGGGAAGCAGAGUCUGGUCGCAGCGUGGCUAGUGUGACCUGGACUAAUGGCACCACCAAUGUCUACCGAAUGGGGCAUAAGGGCAAGGUGGACCUUAAAUAUGUGUCUGAUGGCCAAGGAGGCUUCUACUACAAAGACCACUUGCCAAAACUUGGAGAGCAUGCAGAGCUGCAGCGCCAGGAGAGUGCUGAUGGCCACUCUUUUCAGCAGGGUGACAAGGUCAAAUGUCUCUUGGAGGUGGACAUUCUGCGACAGAUGCAGGAGGGCCAUGGGGGAUGGAAUCCCAAAAUGGCUGAGUACAUUUGCCGGAUCGGGACAGUUCAUAGAAUCACUGACCGGGGAGACGUCAGAGUCCAGUACAGCAACAACAUCCGCUGGACUUUUCAUCCAGGAGCCCUCACCAAGGUGAACACAUUUGGGGUCGGCGAACUUGUGCGAGUAUUGGAAGACAUAGAUGGUGUCAAGAGGCUGCAGGCCGGCCAUGGAGAAUGGACAGACAGCAUGGCUCCUGUGCUUGGCCAGGUUGGUAAGGUGCUGAAAGUGUAUGCAGAUGGUGACCUCCGUGUGGCAUUUGGAGGCCAGACAUGGACGUUCAACCCAGCGUGCCUCUCAGCCCAGCCUGUGGAGGUGGACGCCAACCUCAUGACGGCUGAGAACCCCAACGAAUCUGGAAGUACAGUCAUUUCUGUGUUGGAGAAACUGCUGUCCCAGUCCACAGAGCAGGAUAAUCCCAGCCGGCUAGUCAUUGAGGCAGCACACGGCAGUGCCAAUAAAGUCAAAGAGUUGUUGCAAAAGUAUCCUGACAAGGUGGACAUCAAGAACCAGGGCAAGACUGCACUGCAGGUCGCUGCACACCAAGGCCACAUGGAGGUAGUGAAGGCCCUGCUCCAGGCCAACGGCGCCAUUGAAGUCAAGGAUGAAGAUGGAGACACGGCAUUACACUACACUGCCUUUGGUAACCAGGCAGAGAUUGCACGGCUGCUCUUGAGCAAGGGAGCAAACGUUAACCUCCUGAACAACUCACUGUGCACGGCACUGCAUAUUGCUGUCAACAAGGGCUUCACGGAUGUUGUGCAGGUGCUCACCGAACAUUCAUCUGAUGUCAAUCUCCAGGAUUCCUAUGGGGACACACCUCUGCACGAUGCCAUAGCUAAAGAUUUCCGUAAUAUCAUCGAGAUCCUGGUUGUGGUGCCCAACAUCGAUUUCACUCAGCAGAACCACAGAGGAUUCAACCUCUUGCAUCAUGCUGCCCUCAAAGGAAGCAAACUGGCCACAGAGAAGAUUCUAGGGAAAGCACGACAGCUGGUGGACGUUAAGAAGGAGGACGGAUUUUCUGCCCUGCAUCUGGCCGCUCUCAAUAAUCACCAUGAUGUUGCUGAGAUCCUCAUUAAGGAGGGACGCUGCGACAUAAACAUCCGCAACAACCGCAACCAGACGCCACUGCAGCUGGCGGUGACACAGGGCCACACCGAUCUGGUCCAACUUCUUGUGGUCGAAGGUGCAGACCUGAACAUGGAGGAUGAGGAUGGCGACACUGCCAUGCAUGUGGCCCUGCUGCGACCACAGCUGGCUAAUGUGAUGCUGGGUCCCGCUGUGGGAAUCAGUAGCAGCAGCAGCAGCAGCACAGAGGAAAGCGGCGAGGGCUGUGCCUCCACGUCUCUCUAUUGCAGGGUCAACGCUUCGGGCCUUCUCGGGAAUACUGAGCUCAGUGUUGGAUCGGCGAUCGCUUGCUUCCUUGCGCAGGAGGGGGCUAAUAUCAUCUAUGCCAACCACAAGGGGAAGAGCCCCCUGGACCUGGUGGCAGACAGCAACAUGCAGCUGCUCAUCAAAAACUUCUCAGAGAGGCACAGAUUACAACGCCUGCAAGCUAUAAUAUCUGGCCAGGGCCCAAGCGCUGCUAACCUGCGUCGUGUUCACACUACACCCAACACCAUGACCAAUGUGGUUCUUCCUGCGCCACCCGGGCCCAGUGAAUGCCUCAUCUGCUCCGAGCUGGCUCUGCUGGUUCUCUUCUGUCCCUGCCAGCACAGGGUGGCCUGUGAAGAGUGUGCCCAUCGAAUGAAGAAAUGCAUUAAAUGCAAAGUCACAAUCACCAAGAAAAUUCGACAAGACCAGACCGAGUUGGACUGCAGCCCUCGUACGGAGAACGCCGAGCAGCACAACCUGCUGAAGCAGCUCCAGUCUCGCUACCGGCAGAUGGAGGAGCGGAUCACCUGCCCCAUCUGCAUCGACAACCACAUCAAACUGGUCUUUCAGUGUGGACACGCCUCCUGCAUUGACUGCAGUGCCGCGCUCAAGGCCUGCCCCAUCUGCCGGCAGAUCAUUCGCGAACGCAUCCCCUUGUUUGUUUGAGCAAGGAGAGUGAGAGCAGUGGCUAGCUGAGGGUGUCUCAUUCAUCCCCCCCCGUCAUCGUCUACCUUGCUGCUGAGGCACAUGGACUUACUAUUUGGCACUGUGGACAGACCCCCCCCCCCCCCCGCAAAAAAAAACCAACAUUUGUCUGAACGUUGCUGCUUUUACGUGGAUGUCUGUUACUCGUCAUCCUCUCUGGCUGGCUCAGCCUCGAUUCUGUUUACAUGGCUGCACAGAAAGAGUCCGCCCCCCCCCCCAUCCCAUACAGCCCGUCCUGUGAUUUACGUUUGCCCUCAUUUGGAUCUGGGAAUAGUAAUCAGUAUUAGUCUCCGCAGUGGGCGCUCUAUAUAGUCCCCAACCACUUGCCUGUAUGCAAGGGGGGAAAUACACCCUAUACAGUAUAUGCAUGAGUAUAUGCAUAUUGUAACACUAAUGGGUGGUUUGUCAUUGUUGUGGUUUUUAUUUCUUUGUAAAGUACAGAUUUUUAUUUAUGUGUGAAAGGUGGUAUUACUUCGUAAUGUCCUCUGGCGUUUGUUUGGAGGGGUGGAAAAAAGUGUUUUUGAUUCUACUGAAAUAAAUCCCAAGCCAAUGUCCUCUUACUCAGGGUAUCAAAACUUUCAAAAAGCACUUGUGAUAUCCAUAAACGGUUCAACGUCGUCGCUUCACAUUGUGUUUUUGUCGGGAGCUGCCUCAGAAUGGCAGAGGUCGUUAACCUGAAAUAAAUGUCGUCGUCAAUAGUGAGAUGAAUGUUUCUGCAACAAAAUAGAUGGACAUGUUCCUCUUCUAAAGGAAGAAAAGAAAUGAAGCUCCCGACAAGCAACUGUCCACACUGUUUGCGUAUUUACCGCCCAUCAGGGAGCUUCCACUGUGUUUACUGUGUGUAUCGCCGGCAAGCAGGAGGGUAUUUGUGUUGUAAUAUAGAAGGGCCAAAAGAUGACUGAGGUUGUUACAUCGUCUACCUUCCUGCUGGAGUCAUUUCACAAGAAAAGCCCAUUUUGUCCUUUGGCGCUCUGGAUUGUACUCUCCAGCUUCUUUCUGCUGUCUUGGUGUUUCUUGAAGGGCUUCUGUGUAUGAGAAAAAAAAGUACAUUUUUAAGCUUUAUUUCAUUUUCUUUUUCUGUAAUUAACUUCCACAGAUGAGGAAGGUUGGAUUUUGUUUGUUUGUUUGGCUUUUUAAAUCUCCCAUUUUGGGAGAGCCAAUAUUGAAAUUUGUACAUUUUGAAUGUCAAGGUAGGGAAGACUCUGUCACUCUACCUGUUUUAUGUGUAAGGAAGAAAAGUUGACACAGAGAGAGAGAGAGAGGAAACGCCGCAGGGUCUGAGGUGUGUCAAGCAUAAGGUUUACUUUGAACAACAUCAGUGCCAAAUCGCAUGACGACAUGCAUGGGCAUUGCAAACAAAUUGAGGUUUUAAAGCUGUGGCGACAGACUAAAAAUUCAAACUUUUCCCCUAAUGUUACGUUGAAAUAAAAAAUCAGGUGUAUUAUGAGCACGCUGAGUUACAGGAGUGCACAAUAACCUCACAGUGUGGAGUGAUUCCAAACUCUCUUCCAGUCAGUAAUGAGUCCUGUAUUGUUUGGAGUGUUUUCCAAGAACGUAUAUUCAAGAGUUAUCACUUGAGAGGAAGUUUUUUUUUUUUUUUGUGUAAAUUUAAAUCCUGAGUUAUCGUUGAAGGCUUUGCAGGCAAAUGCAAUAAUGUUAAACAAAAGAAAUGGUGACGAUAAUGGUGUUUUUUAAUUUUUUUUUAUUAUUAUUUAUUAUCUCCCCUUGAUGGAGGUAGCUGUGAUAAUAAGCGCUAAUCAAUUGAUGUUUGAAAGAAUAAUACUAAAACAGUCAAUUUUACUUUUGGUUAUAGUAAAGUUCAGCUCUCGGAAUUCUGAUGUUGGCCUUACUUUCUCUUCCUCCUCAGUUUCUGUACAAAAAUAUUUUGCAAUAAAUAUGGAACACUUUUCUAAGGA